GUUUUGUUCUCGCCCAAUGUUGCAAUUAGCUCGUUUUUCUUGCGAUCAUGGAGUAUGUUCGUUCAAUUUGGGAUUGCCUUGUAUCCAUAUGUAGCUGCUUGCAUUGCACAGAGGAUAUUAGUAGGACCGCACAGACCGAGACUGAACGAACACAUUUGCUAGCAAAUGACCAGCAAAACCAAAGUCCAGCCUUGCGCAGGACCAACUCUGAUCUAAACAAUGACUGUUCACAAUCGUUACCAAAAAAGGACGACCAGGAUGCGCUCUCGCGGUUGGUGCAGGACACUGCCAUCAACAUGAUUAAUGUUGGUGCCAUGGACUCACAUCACUUGGAGCACCAGGAGUAUACCGAUAAAAUAAAAUUAUACACCCAGCGUUUACAUCAACAAUGGAACAAUAUCCAGCAUCCUGGGAAUGUUCCGAAAGGACUUUUGAAGGAUAUGCCUAAUCAUCAGUUUUAUGUCUACAAGCCAGUUUAUUCGGAAGAUACCUCUCAGAUGAAAAAGUUCAUUGGGAAAUGCCAUAUUGGAGUUACGGAUAUCAAAAUAGAACAUAAGGAAGCAGUGGCUGUUGUAGUGCCGUUCCGGAUUCCUUAAUUAAUACAUUAACUUUGCGUUGUGCAUAUAUAAAAGUUAAAUUAGUUCGUCUGUAAUACCCAUCAGAGCUCUGGAAAAGCUGUUAACAAAAUAACAUUUAUAUAUAUUUAAAUACCUCUACAUCGAAAAUCGCAAGUUACUCAGACGCAUACAGCUACUAAAUACAUGUUUUGAUUUGUGACAUAAAUACUGGGUUGCCACCCGAAAACAUA